AUGGAAAAAUCUAAAAACUUCCGGAUCGACGCCCUUCUGGCUGAAGAAACACACAGAGGGAACCGAGAAGUAUCACCCGGACUCAGUAGCGACAGCCCGACGGGCAGCCCGGUGUCAUGCAGGCGCGCGGACACCCCGUCUCCACGCGGGACAACACUUCACCUUCAACCUGGAAUCAUACCUAAACCAGGUCUGCUCAAUCUCCCACACCCAGGACUCACGUCUCUUCACCAAGGCUCGAUCCCGGGCAUGUACUCUGCUCCCAUGUACCCCCUCUCAGCUCUGGGAGGCCAGCACCCUGCUUUGGCGUACUCGGGUUUUACGCAACUGAUGCAUCCGUAUCCGGAGCAGCUGAAGGCGGCAGCAAUGGCUGGAUCUUUACCCCUGGAGCACUGGAUACGAGCUGGGAUCAUGCUGCCACGACUUCCAGAUUACACCUCAGCUCCCCAGUCUGGUUUAAUGGGGAAAUGUCGCAGGCCGCGCACGGCUUUCACCAGUCAACAGCUACUGGAGCUCGAGAACCAGUUUAAACUCAACAAGUACCUCUCAAGACCCAAACGCUUCGAAGUGGCCACAUCGCUCAUGCUGACCGAAACACAGGUGAAGAUCUGGUUCCAGAACCGUCGGAUGAAGUGGAAACGUAGUCGUAAGGCUAAAGAACAGGCCGCUCAGGGCGAGGCCGAACACCAACGGAGAGGAACCAAGCCGACCAAUGAGAGACCAGGAAGAAACGGCCGCCGGACAUCAGGUAUGGAUGAUGAGCUGGAUGAAGAUAUCGACGAGGAAGAUGAAGAGUAUGAUGAGGAGGACAGAGAAAAACACAAGUUCACCAACAACCUCAACAUCCAUCGCUCCACAGAUUACCUGCACCACACGGCUGAACUGGGAUACCACCCGGAUAGCUCAUUCUCCGAUGACGACAUGGACGAGGUUGGGGCUGACAGGAAGAUUGGGGCGGGCUUAUAA